AUGGGGUGGUAUUUGAGGCGGGCACGAUUUCGCGGUGGACAUUUCGCCGGACAAGGAGUCGGCUAUACGACCCGCGGAGCUGGACGAGGCGCAAGAGGCGAAAAGCUGACGUUGGAGGAGAAGGGCGGUGAGUUGGACACAGCAACAAGCCGCCCGCGUGUUGCCGGCGUCGGUGCCGGCUAUGCACCCCGACACGGCGGUCGCGUCUCCGGCGGAUGUUCCCCCGACGGUGGGAUUGACGGCUCGACUGCCACUCAGCAAUACGCAGCUUUCGCUCGCGCCGUCGAUCUCUCUCCCAAUCUAAUAAACAGGAUCGCCCGCUCUACGCACGCACUACGCACGACACGCCACCCAGCACCGCAUGACCCCACCUUCCGUCCCGCGUGCGUCCCCCGCCGCUCCCCAGCGCCACCCUCUUCCUCUGUCUUUACAGCUUUGGCCUUCUGCGAUCCCUCCGGAUUCGUCUCCGAGUCCCCAACAAACACGCGCGUCUCCAGCCUCUUCCUCUUCCUGAUCGCCCGAUUUGCUAUCCGCUCACGCGAGCAGGGACCGGUCCGUCUCCCGACCGUGCUCGUGAUCUCCAAACUUCACGCUCUGUACACGACUCCGAAACCGCACACGCACCUUGCCACGUUCGAGGUGACCAGGUCAGGCCUCCUCAGCACGAUACCGGCAACUGCCGGCCACGAGGCCGCUUGCGGUGGUGUCGACACUUGUACUGACGCUGUUUGUAACCUGGUCGCUUGCGCCUCAUUCACCCAUACACCCAUCACCCAACCUGCUGCGUCUCCCUGCGCCACUGCACACUGCGCACCCACGCUCACGCUCAUCUCCCUCCACUAUCUCCCCCCCAUCGUCGUCAUGCAACUCAACAUCGAAUGGAACGGGGACGACCCCCGAAGACGCCGCCCCAAGCCGUCCACGGUGCACGGCUGGCUCUGCAAGAUGCGCGGCACGAUCAUCGGGAACGAGCGCAUGCGCCAGCAAGGCCGCCGCGAGAUGCAGGAGGCGCGCGCCGCCCGCACGAGCUCGAAGCGCCCCCGCCCCAAGGCGACGCAGUCGAAGCCCAUCCUCUCUUUCCUCAUAGGCGGCGGCGGAGGGAAGCCGCCGGCCAGGUCGAGGCAGAAGCAGAAGCAGAAGCAGAAGAUGCGGCACGCGCAGGGCCCGUCGUCGCGCGCGCUCGUCCCGUAUGCGCAUCGAGGCGCGCGCCCCCCACCGCCGCCUCCACGGGGCAGUGGGCGGGGCGAUCGAUCGAGACCAGUGCCGUCUCGUGAGAAGAGUGGCCGGAGCGCGGGCGCGGGAGCGAGGCACGCUGCAGCGAGGGAGCCGCAGAGGCACAGGAGCCAGACGGCCCCGAAGCGCGAUGCGCACGCCAGUGCGAGGAGGACAGGUGGUAGACGCUGA